AACUAUGCAAGUUACGGUGUUGUUUACAUCGCCAGGUAGCGACAGGCAGCGGACACCGAACACAACCUCGUCAAAUAAUAUGACGCAUCACGAAUAGUUUAAAGGUUUGCAAAUACUUAGAUACACACAAACACGUUCACUACGCACAAUGGAAGCCAGUGCCAGUUUUUGAAUCUACAACCAAUCCGGAGGCAAAUCAACAUGACCAUCAACAGCUUCUCUCCGAUAGAGGAAACACAGAGCUGGGCAGGGUUUGAAUCCAAUCGGAUGGUGGGCACCUCCUGUGCCAGAUGGAUAAAAAACCUAUUGCUGAUAGCUUUUGUGGUUGUCUUGGUGUGCGGCAUCGCCAUCCUGGGUAUCGGUAUCUGGACUCAUGAGUCCGAGUACGGAAGCAAACAACUCUCCAGCCUCAUCGACAUCCCCUUGUACGAGGUGGACUCAUUCCUGCUGAUUGGCUGUGGAGGAGCCAUCAUUGUCAUCACUCUUCUUGGAGUAUGCGGGGUGCUAACUCAGUACAAAUGCAUUAUGGGAUUGCAUCUGUGGUUGUUGGCCUUUCUGUCCGUCAGUCUGUUUGUGGCAGGAAUUCUGGGAUAUGUCCUAAUUAGCGAGCUUGAGAACAAGGUGAAGGGCAAGCUGGAGGAUUCGGUGACGAUGAACUAUGGCGUUGACAUCCCCUCCAACUCCAAGAAUCUGGAGAUCACAGAGUCGUGGGACAGAAUACAGCAGACGUUCAAGUGUUGUGGUGCGUCCGGCACAGUGAACAGCUCAACCUCCUGGGCCAUCUACCAACAACAGAGUGACUGGUUCAAGAAGGGUUUCUCCAAAGGACUUUAUGUGCCCUUGAGUUGCUGUGACAAAAGUUUGCACAAGCACCUCAACGAAUGCACUGGGUUAGCGGACACACCAGAUGCCCCUCCCCGCCACGGCCCCCCGGUUCUCAUCAACAUGGCAGACCUCAACUACACGCUGUACACAACGGGCUGUUUUGACUUGCUAGAUGGUUACCUCAGGGGAACCGGUAUCGUCAUUGGAACAACGCCAUAGUUGUCGGGGUCUUUCUGCUGGUGGAACUGGUGUUGUCUGUGUGUAUGUAUCGUAUGCUCAAGUAGCAGCAGCAGCAGCAGCAACAACAGCGACAACAAUUAUUGCUGCAUCCAUAUUUUUAUGCAACAGAAUCUCUUCAGACUCACAACCUGAACAAACUCAUUUCCCAUGCUGAUAUUAGUUCCAGAGGAAGAAUCUUUUUAAAAUGUUAAAAUCAUCCUUCCAGGUAACCAUAUAUAACCAAUAUCUGUUUACAAAAUCUGGGAUAUUUUUACAAAUCAAACAUAUUUAUAUAUACAUAUUUUGGUCCUUAUACAUAGUACUGUUUAAAGGCCAAGCCUUUCUCCCCAGCGAUCUCAGCUACACAUUAAUCAUAAACCCUUGUUAAAGUACAACGUAUGAUCACCUUAGCGCUAAGACCUCGUUGUGGCAUGUCGCCCAAAAUAUUUCCUCCGUUUACAGUCUCACGUAUCUGUCUGUUACCAUAGUUACUCGAUAAGAAAUACUAAUCAUGAUGAUCGACAUAAUCUGCUGCGAUACAACAAAUGGAUUUUAUGAAAUGACUUUGAAAGUAUUGCUGACAAAUGUUUACACAAUUUUAAAUGUUUUCUCUCUUGCUCAAUAAUGAGUUCUCCAUAUCAGAUUUUCAUAAAUGUAUUGUUGUCUAUUUAUGUAUUUCAGAGUAGAUAGUGCACAGAAUUUAACCAAGAUUGGACAAUAUGUAGAUCAUGUUUUUACAUGACAUAUGCGGAAAGUCAUUAUUUUGUAUCCAUAAUGCGUUCAUUUUGGUGUGUCACUGGGUUGUGGGUUCGUAGUAUUAUAUUGAAUAUUUCGGUCUUAACAAAUCUUCACAUGACAAAGCAAACUGUGAUAUGUGUAGUGUUUGUCAGAAUGAUUUAUUUUAUUGUUUAUAUUUGUUAUUUAUGUUUCUUGUUGUAUUUUCUGUUUGACCUAUGAUAGUCAUUGUGUCAACUAUCUAUAUUUUGACAAUCUUUCAGUCAAUGUCUAACUUUAUGUUUAAAGUUUUGAGAAAGCUCCGUCCAUCUGCUUUGUUCUGACUUGUGCAGACCUUUGUUGACCAGCAUGGACCAUUACUGACUAACAUUGACCAAUAUUGACCACUGUCAAAAGCAGAUCCAAGAUUUUGGAAAAAACUCAAGUCGUAAGAAAUCUGAUGAAAGAAGAAUGGCGUGCUCUUGAACAACCUCUGUGGAUCAGCAAGUGUGUUGACAAGUGCUCAGCCAGUAUUAACCGGUAAAGACUGGUAUAGAUUGGCACUGACCAGCUUCGACCAACACUGACCAGCACUAACCAGUGCCGACCAGUGUUGAUCAGUGAUGCUCAGUAUUUACCUGCACUGACUGGCUUUGACCAUUAUUGACCAGUGUUUAACAGUACUGUCCAGCAUUAAACACCAUUGUCCAGUGUUGACCAGUGCUGAUCUGUGAAGGUCAUAAGCAUUAAAUGUGAAUGUCCUCAUGCAUGUUGAGUGUGAAGGCAGAGUCGUAUCAUAAUCAUAAUAAUCAUCGUCAUCAUUGUUGUCAUGUAUUCAUGUUGAAAUAGUUGUGUCUAGCCCCCAUGCCAGUCAAUGAGCAUAUUGUUGUCAGUAAAUAGCCAUGUCAUGUCAGAGGUCAUGCUGUUGUCAGCCAGUGUCCUCACUGAUGGCAGUAAGCACAGAUGUCUACUAAAAUUUGAGGUCCCAUUGUUCUGCUUUGGGAAAUGUGAUGUCAUUUGUGCAGCAUUAAAAAAAGUGAGGUCACAUUGUGCAGCAUUAACAGAGGCCACAUUGUGCAGAAUUAGCAAUGUGAAGUCACAUUGUGAAGGAUUAGGAAAGGUGAAGUCACAUUGUUCUGCAUCAGGAAAUGUGAAAUCACAUUGUGUAGCAUCAGGAAAUGUGAGGUCACUUAAUUCUGCAUCAGAAAAUGUGAAAUCACAUUGUGUAGCAUCAGGAAAUGUGAGGUCACAUGAUGCUGCAUCAGGAAAUGUGAGGUCACAUGAUGCUGCAUCAGGA